AUGCUGCAGCCCGACCGCAAGACGUGCAAAGACAUCGACGAGUGCCGGCUCAACAACGGCGGCUGCGACCACAUCUGCCGCAACACGGUGGGCAGCUUCGAGUGCAGCUGCAGGAAGGGCUACAAGCUGCUCAUCAACGAGAGGAACUGCCAAGACAUCGACGAGUGCUCCUUCGACCGCACCUGCGACCACCUCUGCAUCAACACGCCCGGCAGCUUCCAGUGCCUCUGCAACAAGGGCUACACGCUCUACGGCCUCACGCACUGCGGAG